AUGUCAUCCCCGGAGGUGAAGCCUGCGACCGGGGCGGCCGCCUCGAGUGGCCCGGGCAACAAAACGGCCACCGACCCGCGCCCGGCCGCGAUGCCGCGCACCGUCAAGCUGCCCGUCGUCAGCGAAUAUCUCCCCGAGCAGCUCCACGGCACCAAAUGGGCCAUGGAGUCCUUCACGGUCAAGAAGAAGCUCGGGCAAGGCAACGGCACCUCCGUCCUCCUCGUUGAAACCGCGGACGCCGAGCAAUUCCCCUUCGCCCUCAAGGUCUACCGCCGGUCCCAGCUGUCCAACCGCGCGAUGCGGCACCUCAAGCGCGAAAUCACGAUCCACUCGAAACUGCGGCACAAGAACGUUCUCCAGUUCUACUGCGCGUUCGGGGACCUGCACCACAUCUACAUCGCGCUGCAGUACGCGCCCAAGGGCGACCUGUUCAGCCAGGCGCGCAUGCUCAAGCGGCAGCUCCCCAGCGAGGCCAAGGUGGUGACCAAGGUGCUGUUGCCGCUGCUCGAGGCGUGCGAGCACCUGCACGCGCGCAACGUCGUGCACCGCGACAUCAAGCCCGAGAACAUCCUCUACGGAGAAGACCGCGAGCUCCUCCUCGCCGACUUCGGCCUCGCCAUCGACGCCAGCGAGGAGCGUCCGGUGUCGCGCAUCGGGACGCUCGAGUUCAUGCCGCCGGAAGUCCUCGUCGCGCCGGACGAAGAGGGCCCCGGGUUCGACGCGUCGAUGGACGUGUGGUCGCUCGGCGUGAUGGCGUUCGAGCUGCUCCACGGCCGGUCGCCCUUCCACCAGCGCAACAAGGACGCGUCGGCGUGCAAGGCCGCGAUCGUCGGGCAGAAGAUCGAGUACCCCGCGCACUUCUCGUUCGAGGCCGUGCACUUCCUGGCCCUGUGCCUCAACCGCGACCCGGCCAAGCGCGCGACCGUGCGGCAGCUGCUCGCGCACCCGCUCAUCGGCAAGCACCAGCCCGCCGCGGCGCUGCCGCUCAUGCAGUCGGUCGAGGCGACGUGGCAGCAGCAGGGGUCCGGCGAGCAGCGCGCGGACGGGAGCACGGCGUCGAUCGCGGCGUACAACCAGGGCGACGCGGGGGAGAAUGCGACGGCGCGCACGAGCCCGAUUUCGCGGGGCGCGGGCGGGGACGGCAGCAGCGGCGCGGGCGACACGCACGGGCGCGAGGGGUACGGCGCGCGGUCGCAGGGCAACAUGCACGGGUGGGUGGCCCGGGCGCCGGCGAGCAUGGCCGGGAACUGCGACAAGGGGGGGGAGUCGCGCAACAGUCCCCCCCGGGCCAACGUGGAGGAGCAGUCGCACAGCGUGCGCGCGCAGCCGGCCGCCGGCGCCUCCGAGCGCCUGCUCUGGACCGACACGGGCAGCCGCCGCCAGCAGCCCGUGCCCUCGGCGCGCGCGCUGGGUCUGCCGGUGCCCCGCGACGGCGGCGCCUCGCUCAACGGCUCGCGCAUGCAACGCGAGCCCUCGGCGCGCUCGCUCGCGCAGCACGCGGCCAUGCAGCGCACGAUGCAGUCCAGCACGUCGCGCGCGAACCUCCACUCGCUGCUGCCCAGCGCUCAGGAGGGGUCGGUGCUGCCGGCGUCGAGCGCCUCGAACGUCCUGGAGCCCAACUUCAACGCGCACACGAGCUCGCACACCGCGUCGUCGGUCGGAGACAGCGACUACGCGCCGCAGUGGCGCCACGCCCUGGACACGGCGGCGUCGCAAACGGAGCUGUCGGACGCGCCCGCCGACGCCGGCGCGUCCACGCACAGCACGGGCCACGUGCCGCGCGGGUACCGCAACGGCUUGCCGCACCCGGCCGGCCGCGCCGUCGCGCCGUCGCCGCUCUCGUCGUGGAGCAAGUCGCCCUCGGGGAACUACGGCCGUGGCGCGGGGCCCGGCCCGUCGCCGCUCUCGGGCGCGCCCACGAGCAUCACGACGACGACGAACCAGUCCAGCGGCGCCAGCUCGGGCGGCUCGGACAAGGUCGCCACGCAGCCGCACGACUUGCACGCCCAGGGGGGCUCUCCCGCGCGGCGCGCCGGCGGGGCGAAGUGGAACGAGUACGGCAGCAUGACGGUCCGCGCGGACUCGAUGAUGGACGUCGUGAGCCCCGAGCAGGCCGGCGGCGCCGGCGGCCGCCUCGUCGCCGCCGACAGCCGCGGCGGGGAGCAGCAGCGCGGCACGGGGGGCUCCAACUCGGGCCGCGACUCGCACUCGAACCCGUUCGUCUCGCGCUUCUCCGGCAUGCGGCAGACGGACCGCGCGGACGCCGCCGACGCGGUCGCGCACCGCGUGCAGGCCAUGGCCGUCCGCGAGGGCACCGACAACUGA